UCCGUUAGGGAUUUUCAAAAAACUGCAAAGUUUGAAUAACAAAAGGCAGAGAAAAUUUGAAAAUAACAGAUUUGUAACCUAUAAGUAUUGCUGCUACGCAUUCCGGAUAGUAUUAUCAAAAUAGAUUCGCGUAGAUUGAUCAGUCAAAUUCAAAGUGUCGGCAAGUUCACAUCGUUCGAAGAUCCAAAGAGUAUUGAAAAUGGCCCAAUACACUAUUGUAAUGGUUCGCCAUGGCGAGUCCGAGUGGAAUCAGAAGAAUUUAUUCUGCGGCUGGUUCGACGCGAAACUUAGUGAACAAGGUCAACAGGAAGCGAAGAGUGCUGGUGUUGCUUUGAAGAAUGCUAACAUUAAGUUCGAUAAAGUCUUCACCUCUGUUCUGCUCAGGGCUCAAAUGACUGCAAACUCCAUUAUGACUGAGCUCGGGCAAAAAGAUAUUCCAGUUGAAGCUAACUGGAGAUUGAAUGAGCGUCAUUAUGGUGCAUUGACUGGCUUGAAUAAGGCAGACACUGCUGCUAAGUAUGGCAAUGAACAAGUUGCUAUUUGGAGAAGAAGCUUUGAUGUGCCUCCACCACCAAUGGAAAAAGACCACCCUUACUAUGAUAAUAUUGUUAAAGAUGAGCGCUAUGCCAAGGAUCUUAAAGAAGAGGAAUUCCCAGCUUGCGAGUCGUUGAAGCUUACAAUUCAACGCACCCUUCCCUUCUGGAAUGAUACCAUUGUGCCAGAGAUUAAGAAGGGCAGUCAGAUUCUCAUUGCUGCUCAUGGCAACAGCUUACGUGGAAUUGUCAAGCACUUAGAUAAAAUGUCUGAUGAGGACAUCAUGGGAUUGAAUUUACCUACUGGUAUACCAUUCACCUAUACUUUGGAUGCUGAUUUAAACCCAAUUCCUGGUGGCAGUAUGAAAUUCCUGGGAGACCCAGAGACUGUAAAGAAGGCAAUGGAAGCUGUUGCCAAUCAAGGAAAGAGCAAGUAAUUGUUUGUAAAAGGAACAUUGCUUGAACUGAUAACAGUUCAGUUACAUAUUUAUACUACUUGUUUUGAAAUAUUGAAAAUAAUAAACCUCAAUAGCUCAUUUAAUAUUUAUAC